GUAGUAUACUGAUCUUAGUAAGGAAAGUAUGAAAAAAAAAGUGGAAACUGUGACGUCGUCAACAUGCUUCCACAUCACUUCCCCUGCCACGAAAACCAUUGUAAACAGGAACACACAGGGAAGUUGAAAAUACCAGCCUUCAAACGUAGCAGUUGUCAGACAGCAUUGGAGUGAUCCACGGACCUGACGAGUCGAGAUGGAUGUCAAAGUGGACGAUCCGUUCGCCGCCGAGGCGGAAGAGGAUCUGGUGGCCCCGAGCAUCAUGGGGAGACUGGGUCUGCCCAAAGGCCUUUCUCCACACGUGGCGAGGGAGUGGUUCGACCGGCGCCGGAAGUCCAUUCGGCCGUGGGCCAGCUUCGUGGACCAGCGCAAGUUCUCCAAACCGCGCAACUUUGGGGAGCUCUGCCAACGAGGGGUGCGCAACCUGGACACCUACCACAGCAACUACACCUUCAUCUUCAUGGGCCUCAUACUGUACUGCAUUAUUAGCUCACCCAUGCUGUUGAUUGCCUUGGCCGUGUUUGUUGGAGCUCUCUACAUCAUCCACCUCAAGUCGCUGGAGAGUAAGCUGGUCAUAUUUGGGCGGGAGCUAACGUCGGGUCACCAGCUGGGAUUGGCUGGCUGUGUCUCCUUCCCCGUGUUCUGGUUGGCUGGAGCAGGUACUGCUGUCUUCUGGGUUCUGGGUGCCACGCUGGCUGUGAUUGGCUCCCAUGCUGCCUUCCGUGAGCUGGAGUCGUCAGACCUGGACGAGAUCCUGAUGGAGCCUGUCUAAGCAGAGCUCCGCCCUUCACCCCUGACCUUCGACCCCUCACCCCUGACCUUUCACCUUCCAAGUCUCCUAUUUACCCAGAAUGCACGUCUUCUCAAGCCUCCUAUAUAUUCAUGCUCUUCUCUUGUCUUCCCCAUGGUAACGCUACUGUGAUGUCAUGCUGACUGAUGGACACAUGGACUAACCAGCUGCUCCUGUAACUGUACUGACUCAAAGGCAAACACACACACACACACACACACACACACCAGUCGCUCUUGUGACUGUACUGACAUAAAGGCAAACAAACACACACACCAACACACACACACACACACCAGUCACUCCUGUGGCUGUGCUCCAUAAGGUAGCCUGUGUCGUGACUGGGGCCUGAAGCCUAUAAGCACACCAGCAGACAGCAUCCAUACCUCCAUAUCUGAUGUCCACAUUACCCAGCUUUGCCAUCCAUACCUCCAUAUCUGAUGCCCACAUUACCCAGCUUUGCCAUCUAUACCCUCCAUAUCUGAUGUCCAUACAGGCUCUGUAAUGUGUCUGAUUUAUAGAGUCCAUAUCUCAUGUGUGGAAUGAGAGACAGCACAGCUCUGUAAUGUGUGGUUUAUAGAGUCCAUAUUUGAUCUGUAGAAUAAGAGUUAAAUGCACCCUGUGCCUGGACCUGGUGACACUGGUGCUAUUCACCCGGGCCGAGUUUGGGGCGCCUGACGGAGUCGCCCUGGUGCCUGACGGAGUCGCCCUGGUGCCUGGCGGAGUCGCCCUGGUCCAGCCCUGAUGCCUGACGGAGUCGCCCUGGUGCCUGACGGAGUCGCCCUGGUCCAGCCCUGAUGCCUGACGGAGUCGCCCUGGUGCCUGACGGAGUCGCCCUGGUCCAGCCCUGAUGCCUGUUACGGAGCAGUAUGACUGCAGCCACAGCACACACUAACUGGGGGUUUUAUUGGGAGAGUUAAAUGCGCCUAAAUGCGCCCUGGAGGUUAUUCUAAGCAGGGGUUUUAGUGACAAACCUGGGUGAUUUAUCUCCCGGCAAAACUGCUAAAAGAAGAGCCCUAAACCUUUGUGUUGCUAGGAGAAUGAAACCAUAGGGCUCUUCUAUUAGGAGGUUUACCGCUUACUCUGAGAGACCUUACCCAAGUUUGGCCCUUAACCACGUACUGAGAACACCCUCCUUGGGUUCUGAGAGUAAUGAAGUUACCUAAAAAGGUAAAAUCCCUGUGUGUCUGGGGAUAUUGAGUAUGUUGUGUGAGUAUGUUAGCUAUGUGAGUAUGCUGUGUGAGUAUGCUAUGCGAGGAAGUUAGCUAUGUGAGUAAGUUAGCUAUGUAAGUAUGCUAUGUGAGUAAGUUAGCUAUGUGAGUAAGUUAGCUAUGUGAGUAUGCUGUGUGAGUAAGUUAGCUAUGUGAGUAUGCUGUGUGAGUAAGUAUGCUAUGCGAGUAAGUUAGCUAUGUGAGUAUGCUGUGUGAGUAAGUAUGCUAUGAGAGUAAGUUAGCUAUGUGAGUAUGCUAUGCGAGUAAGUUAGCUAUGUGAGUAUGCUAUGCGAGUAAGUUAGCUAUGUGAGUAAGUUAGCUAUGUAAGUAUGCUGUGCGCGUGAGCCUGCAAAUUAAGACCAACCCUCAUGUUUAUUUCUGUGCACUUCUGCUAUGCAUUCAUCUGUGUAGGAGCUUCCUGUGUGAUGAGACCGCUAGGGCUGGUAGAGGAGGUGUGGCUGUAAGAGCUGCUAUUGAAAUACUGCAGUAGAACAGGCCUCCCAUGUACAGGAGAGAUGGGGCUGCAUUGAUUAAUCAUGCUAGCGCAGCUUAGCUUAGCUUAUUGUUGUGUUAUCUUACAGGUCUGCCAUAUACAGGAGAGAUGGGGCUGCAUUGAUUAAUCAUGCUAGUUUAGCUUGCUUUAGCUUAGCUUAUUUUCAUGUUAUCUUACUGUAAGUCACUUAAGAUGAGCUUACAUUAGUUUAUUUUAGCUUAGCUUACUUUAUCUUGGCGUAUGUUAGUUAUGCUGGCCAUGGAACAAUCUGUUCUUUUCUCUUCAUGUUUUUUUCUACCUUUGUGUUCUGUUCUUGGCUCCUUAUUUUACACGAUACAAAUGGGAAGUGCAAUAAAUCUAUGUGCAUGUAACAGAA